AUGCCGCGCACAGCCACCUCAGACGACCUGAAGGACGACGUAUUCGAGAUGAGGGAGGAGGUCCCGAAGACUCGGAUCGGGCGAGUCUUCUCCAGAAUCAUCUCCAGACGACGGAAACCGCGAGGCCAAGAUUUCUAUGAGCUGUCCAGGGACAGCUCCCAUCUGGGGAAAUCUCUAGGUAGCAGAGAUCAUGCUUUCCGCUCGCCGCACGCCGAGUUGGACGGCACCGAGGUCAAUUCGAUUGGCGAAGUGAUGUACCGGCGCAACCAGAGCACGGAUGGGUUAAGCGCGUACCAGAGGGCGCUUCAAAGGUUGGAGCCGGCAGCGAGGAAGUCUGUGCAUGACAUCAGCCUGGAAGGGCAUCAUCACCAACCUCAAGAAUCGUCACCACCUGCCUCUGCGCCAUAUUCCGAAGUCAACUACAACUCCCUGCCUUCAAUGCCUUCGCCAGCAACGCCUCGGUUUUCGACAAGGCAGUCUCGACGCUCCGAACUCCCCGCUCCACUAAACAUUGCACCUCCAAAACCGUCUGCAUCAUUCGUGAAGAGCUCCUCUAACGCCAACUCGACCUUCAUACAGUACUCACCAUAUGAUUAUCACACGCCUCACACGGUCUCGCCAUUGCGGACCGACGACGUCGGCCCAGUUUCCAGAAACGGGCCUUCAUCUUCACAUUCAUCCAGUUCAAAUCAAUCGAGCCGGACGUCGAAUUCUCCAAGGUCUGUGUCAUCACGCGGGCCGGUGUCUUCCAUCAGCAGGCACAACUCAGCAGUUAAGCCGGUGGAGGCUCGGUCUCUACCCCCACCAACCCCGACAUACCACCAAAGCCAAAGGGCGCCGAUCGACACCGAGAACAUAAUUUGUCUCGGACCCAUGCCCGAAAAUAUACAAUUUCCGUCGCCAUCCAACAACCAUUUCAGGUCUCAGUCCCAGCAGAACCCUCGGUCACCACCCAAGCUCGUCAUACCAGACGAACAGUACAGUUUACCCGCAUCACCGAGCAGUCCCAGCAGCCCGGUCACCCAGGACCUAUUCUUGCACGACCAGAGUCCACUGGCGCCGUAUCAGAGUCCUGUCAAGUCCGUGUUCACGCGCGAACUCUCACUCCACUCGAGUCGGCAGGGGGGCGGCGAGUCCUAUCACGAGGCAGAGCGGCGUGGAUCAACCGAUAGCUUGGGCAGCAACUUCACCGUCGAGGAAGAGGCGCGCAUCCAAGCCCAGAUCGUCAAGAACCUGUCCAUGCUUGGCCACGAGCGUGUAGGCGGGGAGAGCGACAUCGUACACGUUCCUCAGCCCUCGCCUAGGAGAUACAGCUGGGAAGAGGUCUGA